AAAGGAAGGAGCUGCCAAGAUAUUAAGACAGCUUUUCCAAGUGCUUCUGAUGGUAUAUACUGGUUACAGCCAAAUAGCGGCCUCACUAGAUUUCAGGCCUAUUGUGAUAUGACGUCGCUCGGCGGCGGAUGGUCGAUGUGUUACACAACUGAUGGAGUCGUGAUUCCAAGAACGGAAGUGACGUAUGAUAGCAAUCUACCUUACGGAGAAAAUGGAUACCGAACUGAUUGCAACAACAUUGAGGUGAGCAAGAAACAAAACAUAUUUAAAAAUUGAAAUGGCCGUUUUGCUGUUUUUUUAAGUUCAUUCAUAUCAUUUGAGAUCAUUCUGCUCAUCGUUUCUUUUCUUUCAUUUUUUUUUUUCAUUCUACAGUUUCGUGAGAUUCUUUUCGUGGACGAAACAACGGGACAACAGGCCUCUUUCACUUAUGAGGAAAAUUCCAUGCUUGUCGCGCAAGGGAAUUAUGGGACACAAUUGCCAGGAUUGUUUCAAGGUGGCGGAAUAGCAGAUACAGGCUAUAAGUACCAGCUUCUGAUCUGCGAUGUACGUUUCUACUCUGGCUUUUUCAUAUCCGGAUAUACCAGCAACUGCUUUAAACAGUGUGAUCAUUGGUGUGGUGACGGUGGCUCCCCCUACUUCCGGUCAGCGUCAACUUCGUCAUCGUAUGCGGGAGUUGCCUUCAAUAGUAAUGGUCACAGACCAUUGAAUAGCCGCCUGAUUAGUGUGGGGUUAAGAUGA